CUCACAACGAACCCGACAGAAAGCGUGACCGUAGAACCGAUCAUGACUCUCCCCCCGACUCAACUCGACCCCUCGACCGCAAGCUUCACCGGGAAGUGCGAUUACACUUCCUGCUACGAAGGCACCAUCGUGUGCUUCUACUUCGCCGGCUUCACGUCCUACGACGUGUCAAGGGGGCCUUUGCCGGGGGAGAUCGCGACGAUGCUUGGGCCGUGCGAUGAUGGCAUGGCUACGACUCAGUGAUGUGGUUGGGAAUGGGGAUAUGAGAUUAUGACCAAAUAUGAGCUUUAUGAUGGGUUAGAAGAUAGGUAUAUGU